AGCGGAGCCAAUAUGGCGGCUGAGCACGUGACCCGGGGCAGUGGGAUUUCCGGCUGACGGAGCGGAAGCCGAGGAAGACGCAAUCUCUGUCGUCGACGUUAGUCGCUCUCCUCGCUGCCAACGCCCUGGAAUGAGCCGCUAACGUCAUGGUGAAUGCUGCUCGGCCAUCGGGUGUGCCUCCCGCUGCCUGCCCAACUCCAAGCUGAAGGGGCUGACUUUUCACGUAUUCCCCACAGAUGAAAAUAUAAAAAGAAAAUGGGUAUUAGCGAUGAAAAGACUUGACGUGAAUGCUGCAGGCUUUUGGGAGCCUAAAAAAGGAGAUGUGUUGUGUUCAAGGCACUUUAAGAAGACAGAUUUUGACAGAAGUGCUCCAAAUAUUAAACUGAAACCUGGAGUCGUACCUUCUAUCUUUGAUUUCCCACCUCACUUACAGGGGAAAAGAGAACAACUUCCUUGUAGAAAAAACUUUAUCCUCAAAACCCUUCCAGUCAUAAACCACAAUCACAAGCUUGGUGCUUCCACGUGUAUCGAAGAAUUUCGAUCCCAGUUCAUUUUUGAACAUAGCUACAGUGUAAUGGACAGUCCAAAGAAACUUAAGUAUAAAUUAGAUCAUGUGAUCAGCGAGCUAGAGGAUACCAAGAAAAGUCUGCGGAAUGUUUUAGACCGAGAAAAACGUUUCCAAAAAUCAUUGGGGAAGACAAUCAGGGAAUUAAAGGAGGAAUGUCUCAUCAACCAAGAAACAGCAAAUAGAUUGGAAGCUUUUUGUUGGGAAUAUUGUCAGGAGAGCAUAGAAUGAGACUGUAUUUCAUGAAAUAAUUUCACGUUAUGUUUAACUUAAAAUUUUUUUAAAGUAAUUCUUAUUUACCAUCAUUAAAUACUGCCUAUCAUUUAGAGUGCUUCUUUGGAUCCUCUUCAGCAUUAAGCAUUAUAGUUGUUAUCCAAAGACAGUUUUUGAAGACAUGCAGAAAUUUGUGUUAGUUCUCAUGUUUUGGUGUGACUUGUGACAAUUACGUUUUUAUAUACCUAGACUAGUGCCAGGUCGUUAUAAGUUAAAAGAUCAAGAAAAUUCCUCUGGACUAAGGAAAUGAUAUCAAAUCAGCCAUGUUAAGCUAUGGUAGUAGGAACUGAGCACUUCUUCAGCAGCAGUAGAUUUUUCACUUCAAAGGAAUACUUUUAUUGUUUACAUAGGUACUCUUUAUGGUAAAUAUGUUCAAUUACACUUUAAAUGUAUCUUACUAUAAAGCAGAAUUUAUAACACAUGUCAAUCUUGGAUCCAUUCCAAGGUGCUUUUGUUAUCAAUAAUACCAAAAGAUCUUUUUACAAGACAUCUCAUGGUACUGACCCUGAGAACAGCAUAUGGUACAGAACUUUAGGCUUUUAAAGUUGUCCAGAGACAAGUUAAGAAGACCCCUAGACAAGGUCUCAGUUUUCAAUACAGUACAUUGUUCUUCCUCACUAUGAGUAAUUUGAUGUAAACCUGUGUAGCUUUAAAAAUUUCAGAAGGGGUCAUAAAUCUGAUUUUUCUAAUAGCUAGUUACUCUGACAGUUCUGAACAUUCUUUUUUUUUUUACUGGAAUUUCAUCAUAUGCUAUAGUAGUUAGAAUUUAAGUGUCAAUUAUUUCAGUGUGUUAACUAGAAAUGAACUGCAUUUUAUGCUAAAAUGUUCAUUAUAAUUUUAUUUGUGAUAUAUUAAUAUCAAUAAGGAUAUGGUCACUUGAAUUUUUUUAUAUUUAAGAAUUCUCUGUUUUAAUGCAUGUUAUAUUUUUAUAUAGGAUUCUAAACCUUCCCUCUGAAUGGGAUUUUACCCACAUUUGAUGGAUCAGCAUUAUGCUAAGAAAUCACUGAGGUCACAUAUUUUUGCUACCUUAAAAAAAAAACUCAUUAGUUACCCAUUAUUUAUUUUAGUUAUUUAAUUUUGAAUUCAUAAUGGACAUUUCAUUGGGAAGUUUGAGUAUGACCUUAGGUUUUAUAGUGAUUCUGUGACAGAUACGGAGAUUUUUUUCCCUCACCCUAUUUUUUAAUGUAAAAAUUAAAGUCAGUGGACAGUGGAGAAAAGUAAAAGGAUAGAUCCAAAGCAGUGUGUUCAAAUUCUAGCUCUCUGCAGGCUGCUUAGAAUAAAUCAAGCCCGGGAGACCUUCACAAAAGUCAAGUCCCAGCUUCUGCCACUAUCAGUUACCCGUCACUUUUACUACUUGUGUUCUUUUUCAUUGGUCUUCGUAUCACUGAGCGAGAGAUAACUGUGGGAAAAUAUUCCUAUCAUCAAUGACUUGGCGCUACCUAUUUCCUCUUUAUUUUUAUGGAGAAGUGAUUACCAAUAGAAAUAUGACAUAAACAAGGCCUUCCCCACCUGCCACCCCAAACAAAUACCUGAAUACAGUAUAUACCUCAGUUCACGGUUCCCAGAAAACAGUUCUUAGCCUGGGGAAGAGCUGUUCUAUGCAGAGCAAAACCAGUCAUCCCCCAUCCAGAGGUUCCUCCAGUAACCAAGGCCAGCCUAAGGGUUUCACUUUGUUUUAAGGCUUGGAGUGGCCUCUGGAUUCUAGAACAAACCAAUACACAAGUUCAACCUCAGCACCAAAUCAGGUAUGAAGGACUUGACAUGGCGUUUUUCUCAUAUAAAGUUUAAGUUUUUAGACUUUGGUUGCUAAAGUUAAUCAUAAUUAUAACGUAGUCUUUAAUUGGAGAAAAGAUGAACUGUAUUAAAAUAUGUAUGCUUAGUUUUAAUAAUAAAAGGAUAAAAUUGUUACAGAAAUAACUGGGGGUGAAGAAUCUGUUAUAUAUUUGAAAAAGAAAAUAUUUUCUUUAGUAAUGUUCUCUAUGUGGUUUUUGUACAUUUAGUUAUUCAAUAAAA